UAUUCUCCUUCCCGUCGCGGGUUUUGUGUUUUAAAUACACCGCCUUUCCACAAAUUGAAGCUGAAAUCUCCCCACAUCAACAAACUCCAAGACAGCCUGCGGACCAAAUGAAUUGUGUAACCAUCAUGGGCAGUUAAGAAAAAUAGGCUAGUUAUCUGCUGUGCGGAGGACGGAAGGUUAGCAAUACCCCGGAGUGUCUCUCCUCUCUUCCCACUCAGGCAGUCCGGCAAGUUUCCAACACCAUGGCUGAAGAAGACUAUGGCAGCUUUGUGGACUGGAACCAGAUGGGGGAUCUGGCCAAGAGCAGCGGGCCCACCAAGGUAGACUGUAAAGACCUGAAAGAGUUCAAACAGAUGGCUCGGCAGGGUUACUGGGCCAAAAACCACAAACUACGGGCACAAGUCUACCAGCAGCUCAUCAAAGCCAUUCCCUGUCGUACAGUGACCCCAGACGCAGAAGUGUAUCGUGACAUUAUGGGAAAUGCAGCCACUAAGAAGCCCUCCUCUCAAAUCCCACUUCCAGAGUUUGUUGAUGGAAGCCCUCUGCCACGGUACUGCCUGAAGGCAGACGCAGUAGCCUCAGCCCACCAGAUUAUCAAUUGCGUGGCUGGACAGUUUCCAGAUAUCUCCCACUGCCCAUCACUACCUGCUGUUACGUCAUUGCUCCUGCACUUCAGCAAGGAUGAGGCUCAGUGUUUUGAGUAUGUGAGCCGCAUACUGGCCUGCAACGAGCCAGGCAAACGCCUGCUGGACCAGACUUUCCUGGGCUUUGAGUCUAGCUGCAUGACUUUUGGUGACCUGGCCAACAAGUACUGUACAGCCGCCCAUAAACUGAUCGUGGCCACAGCCCAGGAUGUGCUUGAAGUCUACGCAGACUGGCAGCGUUGGGUGUUGGGUGACCUGCCUUUCAGCCACAUAGUGAGGGUCCUGGAUGUCUACCUAGUGGAGGGCUACAAGGUUCUCUUCCGUGUGGCUAUCGCGUUGCUCAAGUUCUACCGCAAACACAAAGCAGGGGCCCAGGGAGGCCAGGGCAACCAGCAGCAGGAUUCAGGCAAAGUUAGGGCGGACAUUCAAGCUUUUGUCAAGGGCAUUGCCUCCACCGUCACACCCGACAAGCUGCUGGAGAAGGCCUUCUCUAUCCGUCUGUUUAGCCGCAAAGAGAUCACCCUGCUGCAGCUCACAAAUGAAAAGUCCCUGCAGCAGAAAGGAAUCACUGUCAAACAGAGGCGGCGGAACGUGCAGCUGGCACUUAACCCUGACACCUUCUCCUCGGAGAUCGUCAGUGCCAAGGAGAUGCGGGACAUCUGGUCUUGGAUCCCUGAGCGCUUUGCUCUGUGUCAACCACAGCUCCUCUUCACCACCUCCACCCAUGGUUGCAGCCUGAACAGAUUCUAUUCCCAUUGUGAAGGCUACGAACCCACUUUGCUCCUCAUCCGGACCACAGAUGGGGAUGUAUGUGGAGCCUACCUGUCCACAGACUGGGAGGAGCGCAAGAGAGGAGGAAACAAAUUGAGCUUCUUUGGCACAGGGGAGUGCUUUGUCUUCAGGCUGAAGCCAGAGAUGGAGCGCUAUGAGUGGGUGGUGAUCCGCCACCCUGAGUUAGCCUCCUCCGUCAAGCCUGAAGUCCAGGAAGACGCAGCCACCUCUGAGGGGCAAAACUCAGACAACAAUAUCUUACAGCAGCCCGAGAAACCUGCUGGAGACCUGUCGCCCUUCCUGUCCGCCCGUCACUUCAACCUUAACUCCAAGAAUACUUCCAUGUUCAUGGCCGGGAACUUUGACUCCAUCAUAGUGGGGGGAGGCGACGGCAACGCUCUCUACAUCGACUCUGAGCUGAACCAUGGCCGUGCUGGCAGGUGCGCCACCUUUGACAACCCGCCCCUGUGCGCUGAGAGCUUCCAGGUCGCACUGCUCGAAACGUGGGGGUUCCAGGAUGCCAUGGCAUCAUAAUGCUGUACACAUGAACACACGCUACACAUACAUACAUGUAGAUCCAUACAAGCAAAUUUGAGCACUUAAACAUGAUAAAGCAGAAAAUGUUGAUAUAAAAUGUGCAGUAAAGUGUUAAAGGUGAAAAGCACAAGGAUGCAAACAGAACUACAUCCGUCCUGCAUAUUCAUAUAUGAUUUACUAUUUUUUAUUUAUUAAUGCAGUUAAUCCAAAUUUCAACAUGAACAAAAAUGUGAUGUUUUUUUGUUUAUUUUUGUAUUUACAGAUUUGUAUUAUGAUGUACUAAUUAUAUGUCCGGUAAUAAGAAGAAAGUCAGGCUCAACUAAAAGGUUUAUUCAGAGUUCUUUUUUUUACAUCACCUGUGGUGUGUUCAUGCUGAAUGUAAGGUCAGUCUUGUAUGUCCUGUGGUUUAGCGCAUUCUGCCAAAUUUACUGUAUAGUGAUGUCUGCAGCCAGGCCAUAAGGUUUCAGAUAAAAAUGUGUGAAAAGCCGAUUUGGUGAGAUGUUUUAUUGAAUGUUGUAAAAUUAAGAUUAAGACGUAGCAAAGCUCCAGGUCAGCUAAGUUUUUGGUCAUACAUACAUGUAUGUGGGAGAUCUGCUAAUGAAUUACUGUGGUAAAUGUUUGUGAAUAUCUGUGGUGAAUUUGAGUGUUGCCAUUUUUGCGCCAUAUGUCAAAGCUUUUGUUUGAAUGAGUGGCGGUUUCUCCUCUGUAUAGUAUAUGAAUAUUCUUGUGAAUAACAGCACAAACUCGUCAGAAAAAAACUCAGAGGUGUUUUGGGUAUACAAGUACUCUCUUUUUUUUUUUUUUUAAAUUACCCUUUUCCUGCUACUUCCGUCCUCUCCAGUGUUAAGGCAGUAACAAAAAAGUCCGAAAUUGUGCCCUGUUGGCAAAGUGUUGUCGGGGUUACACGCCCUGAUUGUGUUUGUGUGUUCAAACGUGCUCCAGUGAAAUAUCAAUUGAGUAACUACAAGUGUACCAUUCAUGUGAAAAUACAGCAAAAUGCUUUCAGUAGA